AUGGCCAUUCGUCUCACCGCUUGGCUUGAAGACGCAUUCGAGUCACAGCUGCUGCUAGGUAACCAAUGGCUUCAGGACCAACACGAGAAGAAAAAAUCUCGUAGCAGGCAGGAAAUAGAUAGACAGCGAAGCGCGUACCACGAUAACGGCUCGUCCCUGGAUACUAUCAAUUACCCUGACCCCGAACACAACUGCAUACUGCAGGUCCUCAAGGUUUCUCCACUUACGUUUUCUGACGGCCGGAAUCAAGUAGUCUCUCACCUUACACCUGACUGCGCUCGGGACUUCUUACAGCGACACCCCACUGUGUUACACCUGACCGCAGGCACGACCAUAGCCGCCCGAAAAUACACUGUCCGAUUCACCUCAUACGGGCCGCCUCCCGAAAGACUGCGCUUGGUGCUCAACCAGAUUGAUUGGCUAGGCGAGAGUUGCGAACUACUGCAAACCCAGGGCAGCGCAACUUUACGAUCGCUACACGCUUGCAAGCAGAUUGGGCGUCUGCUAGAGCAGCUGCGCCAUAUCCGCGCGCUCGAAGACCGCCGACGCUUAGCACCCGGUGUUGAAGAGGCAGACGUUGAGGCAAAAGACGACGCUGCGGUAGAUGCUACGCGUCAGAACAACAAUAUGUCGGACCGCAAUGCGCUUCACUCCCAGAUGCAGGACACGCAAGCACCCUUUGCAACACAAAAACCAAGACCCUCACGUCCGCGGGCAAGCGAAGAUGAGCCGCAGAUUAUAGGAGUGAACAGGCUGGAGCCGGUAAUGGCUGGGGACACGCAACGAGUCGAAAUACGACCAGGAGCUGCAGAUACCGACUUUGAGAAACGCAAUAAUUUGCUAAACCUAUUAAACCUGCGCCCGAAGCUCAGCGCCAGCACACACGCCACGACUUCUGGGUCAAGCUUUAUACAGGACGCUUUCAGGAGGCCGCAAAAUGCUCCUGCGCUACCCGCAGAUGAAUCUCCUGAAUCCCCAUCAGAUCCGUCGCAUCAGCAACCAACACAGCUCGAAACAGAAGUUGAAAAUGGAGAGCCUGCGUCAUCUGCGCCAAACUAUAAGAAGAUGGUCAAAAAAGCAGGGGAUAUCUCCCCUAAAGUUGCAAAAGCUGCCGAACACUCUCGAGUCGAAGAGCAAGACAUCCAACAAAGCCUUAUUGAAGACAGUAGUGAUAAACCACCUGAGUGCUCUUGGAUGAAAGACUUGGUCUUCAACAGCGAGACAUUACAGGUACCGAGAAGUCAGGCGCAAUGUCUAAGCAAAGAAACUAGUUGGCUAAAACCUCCACCUGGGGUGCAGCCUUUCCAGAAUGGAAAUAUGCCCUACUCGAUACUCAAGAACAUCCACCUAAUAGCUGACGAGAGAGCUGCUGCUGAAACCGAUAGUGGGUCAGACGCAGAUCCGUCGCCAGAAAGCCCUGAUUCAUCGCCCGAAUCUUUAGCCCCAAAGAUGCAAGAUGAGGAGCCUGCAACUACUCAGGAAGACGAUGAUACAGCUAGUCAGGUGACCUGGCAAUCCUCUCCAGAGCCACCAGAACGUCUGCCGAGGCGUCACGAGGAACUCCCUCCGGACUCAAGUAUGGAGAAGCAAGCAUCUCAUUCACAUGAUGACAAUCCAGCCGAUCUCUUAUCUUCGCCGCCUGGUCCUGCUGCAUCUGCCGAUUCUGAUGAGGAAAUGGAGAUGGAAGAGUCUGUUCCACAGGCCUUGGGAGAAGACCUUGCACAACGAAAACAACCACCAUCAGCGAUCGACAAGCUUCCAGAUGCUGUUUCCCUACGCUCUCCCAUAAUUCACGUAAAGGAUACUCCAUACGGCAAAGGCAAGAAUGCCUCAGAACCAAAAAAUGCACAAAAGUCAAGUAGCGCGUCGAAACCCACGUCAUCUACCUCAAUAGUUCACAGUACAUAUGAUACGCCUAGUCUAUCUGAUCUCGCUGACGUCGGAAACUUCGAAAGUGUCAAGGAGUAUCCGUCGCAUACACAAGAGAAAGACAUAGGCAGUGAGCGCAAGGAAGUUGAAGUACAUCAUGGCAAGGCCAAGGAUGUGGAUACCGAUAAUGUCGAAGAUGUAGAGAUGCUCGACAUGUCUCCAGCCGCACAAGAUCUCAACAAGGAAAAUGCUCGCGUUGUCGUAGCUCCAGGACAAUUACCGAAUGGCUUGGAUGGCGAGGGUGUGCUUACGUCUGCGUCGCACGCAACCCCAUACUCGGUGCACUUAUCUCAGAACAAUGGUGACUUGGAUGUAUCACCGAUGGUACCUCAUCACCCCCCACAACCUACCAAACGUAAGCUCAUUAGUUCGCCAACCAAAAGCAAUCGACGGCAACCUAAAAGGCGAGAAAUCAAGAUCGUCGGCUUCGGAGAUGAUGUAUCGUCUAAUGUUGACCUAGUAGGCUCACUGCGCAAGGAUCGGGAAGAAUCCUUGCGCAGAUUUCGGGAGCAACGUAACUCAAGCACAACAAGCUUUGAGAAUCAACCCGAGCUUGAAAGCAAGCCUACCGUUGAUGAUGAUUCGGACAUCAUGGAGAUCGAUGGUUUUGAUCAAGUGACGAAGAGGGAGCCAUCUUCUAGCCUAUCUCCUCGACACCAAGGUCUUUACGACGAACCUAGCCCCAGAAGAGCACAGCCCAUUACAAGCCCAGCGCCUCAGCCAUCUCAUUCGCACGCCUCCUUCCAAGCUCAUCCAAGCGAUACUCUGACACGCGGGCCAGCUCCGAUACAUGCUGAACCCUUGUCGAUAUCGUCCGAGGAUAUAGAUGAAGAUAGCAACACGACAGUCUUCCAGUCCUUCAAGGCGGCAUAUCCAGAGUAUAACGGCAAUGAGAAGCACUUUGAGAAUCAAUGCAAUCAGAUGUACCAGCUGGAACAAGAAGACAAGAUGGUGCCAAAAUGGCAGUGGGACGAUUUUAUCAUCCGUAAUAGGACAGAUUAUAGCCAGUACGCUAUGGACUGUAUUGAUCAAGGAGAAAACCCUGAGCCGUACUACCGCUUCUACAAAGAUAACAUUCGCAACACGCUGUACACGCGGGGCAUCAUUCAGAAUACGAAAACAUUACAAAGAGCACUGGAGGAGCUAGGUGUUGCACGUACAGAGACUAGCAGACCUAGACAACCACCUCAGUCUAUUCAGAAGCCGAAGCCUGCUAGGAAGUCGUUGCCAGGUGCUUUCGAACAGCCCAGGAAAUCUACACACGAUCGCGUCAGCGGCAACUCGUCUCGCCCGCGCCAUUCUCUCCCCGCGAACCCACAUGUCCGCCCUAAAAGCCGCGUCCAACCUGCUUCGCCCGCAUCUUCAUCACGACCGCAGUCGAGAUAUCCAAACCCUAAGCUUGACGAUCAGGGCAGUUCUCGCGAUAAAUUUAAGGACUUCUACUUCGGCUAUCAGCGUAUUACAUCCCUAACUGGCAGCACCGCAGUCGAUGGCAAUAAGCAGUGGCCACAGAAUCUGGCUGGUAGACCAACUGUUGCUGAUGUGUUGCCGCCAAGGAAAAAGGUUGAUGUGCUGGAUUGGGGGGAUGUCCUGGGAAAGAUGGGCUAG